AUGUCCACCGCUGCUCCCACCGGAAAAGUCCAUAAGCGAGCAUACCAGGCCUGUAUUCCGUGUCGAGAGCGGAGGGUGCGUUGCGACCUAGGUUCCGUCGAUCAACCGCACCAAGGGCCCUGCGGUAGGUGUCGGCGGGAACGCAAGAUAUGUCACUUCUCUGCUACGCGAGGGCGCAAGAAGACUGCACCCACUCCCACUCCUGCGCCCUCUGGCCCCGGUGAUUCCAUUGCCGGCACCUCGGUGCCCGCCGCCCCCGGCAUCACUGCCACUCCUACUACCGCAGGCAUCACCCCUACCCGGCCAUGGGAGGAGUCGGCAAUAGCCAUUGCAGGCACCCCAGCGUCGCUCCCAGGGCUCGUUACGCAGGCUGGUGAAAGCUCGGUCAGCCCCAUUGCUGUCCCUCCAGCCAUCAAACGCGAACACUCCCUCCAACAUGUCCUUGCACACGAUACCCCGCGUCCCUCCACCCGCGGCGAUAAAACGGCCGAAAAGCUGCUUAGAGACGCCGCCUACACUUCUCACGAUGCAUUGAACUUACUCUUCGAAGCCGGUAGACAUAGUGAGCGGGUCUCCAGGCCGGACCAUCGCCACCACAACAAUCAUACCGCUGGAAGCGCCUCCCAAAGGCUGGGUCCGACACCCAUCCGCGAGCUCAGACCAUCUGCCGCCCCGAGCCUUCAUGAUAACACUCCGGACUUCCACCCUUGGUCAAACCUGCGUUUCGUCCGCACCGGCCUGAUCACUGCCGAAGAAGCCUUUGAUCUCGUAAAUUACUUUCAUACAUACCUUGCUCCAUUUACUCCAAUCGCUUCCUCCUCCUUCCAGGAUCCCUCCAUGCAUGCUGAACUGCUCGAAGAGGAGCCCAUCCUCGCCAUGACAAUCCUCAUGCUGGCCUCGCGAUACAUGAAAUUAUCAGGACCCGGGUCAAUAUCUAGAUCUUACAUGGUUCAUGAGCGACUCUGGCAGCAUCUCCAAGGGAUGAUCUCCCGCAUGAUCUUCGGCCAGGAGCAGUUCACUGGUGGCACGCACAUCACGAUGCCCCUCCGGAGGCUUCAAACCUUUCUACGCACGAUAUCCCCUAGCUGCUCAAACUUGGUAGCCUCAGGACACUUGCAGCUGUGA